UCCGGAGCCGCAGAACGCUCAGUCCUUUGCCACACGAGAGGCGCUCCCUCUGACGUCACAUCCGGCGCAGCAGCUGACCCUCCUCGGCGCUGCGUCGCGCUGCGUGACGCCACUUCCGGCGCCGAUGGCGGGGCGAUGGCGGCGGCGCACAGCGUGCGGGUGCUGCGGGAGCUGAACCGGCAGCGCGCGGCAGGGCAGUUCUGCGACGCCACGCUGGGCGUGGGCGGCCGCGAGUUCCGCGCCCACUGGCCGGUGCUCGCCAGCUGCUCGCGCUUCUUCCGCUCGCGCGGCCCCGGCGGCCCCGUGGCGCUGCCCGAGGCGCUGGCCGACACCUUCCAGCUGCUUCUCGACUUCUUCUACACCGGCCGCCUCGCGCUUACCGCGCACAACCGCGCCCGCCUGCUGGCCGCCGCCGAGCAGCUCGGCGUGCCCGACGCCGUGGCGCUCUGCAGGGCCUUCCGCCCCGCCCGCCCGCGACCGGGCACCGCCGAGCCGCCGCCGCCACGCCGCGACGGGGCCCCAGAGGUGGCAGGUGACGGGGGGCAGGCGGACGGUGGGGCCCUUCCUGGGAAGAAGGCCCUGAGGAGCAAAAAGAGCCCCUCCCCGGGGAAGGCGCCCGGGCCGCCGGGGAGCGGAAAGGGCACAGCAGCACCUGUCGAGUGCCCUACGUGUCAUAAAACCUUCCUCAGCAAAUAUUACCUUAAAGUGCACAACAGGAAACACACUGGAGAGAAGCCAUUCGAAUGUUCCAAAUGCGGCAAAUGUUAUUUUAGAAAAGAGAAUCUCCUGGAGCACGAAGCCAGGAACUGCAUGAGCCGAUCCGAGCAGGUGUUCAGCUGCUCGGUCUGCCAGGAGGGGUUCAAGAGGCGUGUGGAGCUACGGCUGCACAUGGUGUCACACACCGGGGAGAUGCCCUACAAGUGCUCCUCCUGCGCCCAGCAGUUCAUGCAGAAGAAGGACCUGCAGAGCCACAUGAUAAAGCUGCACGGUGCACCAAAGCCCCACGCGUGCUCAACGUGUUCCAAGUGCUUCCUGUCCCGGACCGAGCUGCGCCUGCACGAGGCCUUCAAGCACCGGGGAGAGAAGCUGUUUGUCUGCGAGGAGUGCGGGCACAGGGCGUCGAGUCGCAACGGCCUGCAGAUGCACAUCAAGGCCAAGCACAGGAACGAGCGCCCCUACGUCUGCGAGUUCUGCCACCACGCCUUCACUCAGAAAGCCAACCUCAACAUGCACCUGCGCACGCACACCGGCGAGAAGCCCUUCCAGUGCCACCUCUGCGGCAAGACCUUCCGCACGCAAGCGAGCCUGGAUAAGCACAACCGGACGCACACCGGGGAGCGCCCCUUCAGCUGCGAGUUCUGUGAGCAACGCUUCACGGAGAAGGGGCCGCUGCUGAGGCACAUCGCCAGCCGGCACCAGGAGGGACGGCCGCACUUCUGCCAGAUCUGCGGGAAAACCUUCAAAGCCGUUGAGCAGCUGCGUGUCCAUGUCCGCCGGCACAAGGGCGUGAGGAAGUUUGAGUGCACCGAGUGUGGCUACAAGUUCACGCGGCAGGCUCACUUGAGGCGCCACAUGGAGAUUCACGACCGGGUGGAAAACUACAGCCCGCGGCAGCGGAAGCUACGGAAUCUAGUCAUCGAGGACGAGAAGGCGGUGGUGGUGGCCCUGCAGCCGCCCCCGGAGCUGGAGGUGGGCUCGGCUGAGGUGAUUGUGGCGUCCCUGGCCCGUGGCUCCCUGCCCGAGCAGAUUCCCGUGCAGAGACUCUGCUCCAACGAGAGUUUCUCCACGGACAUGAUCGAGCAGUCACUCAUCAUCACCACGACGAUUCCCUAAGACUGAGAAAAGGCACGAGCGCCCGCACCUCCCUCCUACCAACCCACAGCACCGCGCUAGGCUCCUCUUGCCACACUGCUGCUUCCCGGGUGUUGUGCAUCCGCCCCUUCCCCUCCAGGCUCCCACCCUGGGCUGCAGGGGAAGAGUUGCAGCGACGUUAGCACCGGGUCUCUAACGAAAUGACCGUGAAGUUACGCAGAAUGGCUGCUCAAAUAACCUUGUGCGUGCUGUGCGAUGCGGACGCGGCCGGUGGCACCCUGUGUCCCGCUCUGAAUUGCUUUUUAACGAGCGUUGAGUGCGAGCUGGCGCGGUUCCCCUUCCCUCCAGCGCUCUCGCCUGGCACCAGCGGUUCUGCCUCUGGAUCUGAACACCAUUAAAUCUCCCCUUUCCUUAAUGCUUUCCUGUGCCUUAUUUCUUCUUUAGUUGUUGAGCUUCUGCUAAUUGCUGCAGUGGGGUACGACCCACAUCUCUGCCCCACUGAGCCAUUUUAACCAUUACUUCACUUGAACCGGGUUAUUGGCAAGGAGCUGGAUGAAACUCCAGGCUCCUGCGUCCAGGUGUGGGGAUUUGUGUCUGAAACAAGGGGUCCUGAGUGUUCCCAGGGUGGGGGAAGAUGAUGGAGGGCACCCAUGUACCCCAAACCCACCGCUGCGCUCUCUCCCUUUCCCUUCUUCCUCACGGAGAAGGCAGAGUCUCCGCCCGGGCUCCGCAGUGACCCCUCGGACGCGCCGGAGGUGCAUGGCACACCCUUUAUUUGAAUUGACUGCUGCAAGUAAAUUUAAAAACAAACCAUGAGAAUAAAAAUACACGAUCUGUAAAUGCCGCAGGCCUUUGUUUCAAAGGACGGUGCUGGAACUGUACUCAGGGAUGUGGACAAUGAGGAAUUCUCCAAAAAAAUAAAUACUGAUCUAUAGCUGAGCCGAUUCCGGCUGGGGAAUGGGGCGAUGAUGGGCAGCGAGCACCCACGAGAGCCCAGCACAGACACCUGCGGCAGCCGCGUGGCACGUGCCGUCCUUCCCAGGCACCACACGAGACUCCCAAGGACAGAGGAGCCGCCCUGAAUCGCGGCCCCUGCCCCACUCCUCUGCCCACGGGGGUCCCG